UUUUCGCCCGGAAACAUCGUGCGGACAAGUUGUGGCUAACUUCCUGUUUUCGUAAUCCACUUGUGGAGCAGUGUAACAGAUGGUGAGGCAAAGUCGGCAAGGGGUUAAAAUGUGAUCAACGGACGCGUGUGGAAACCAAAUUAAUCGUGUUUGCAAAAAAGAAAAUAUAACAUGUCUGGGUUUAGGGAAGCGGUGUUUGUCGGCACAUCUAUCGCACUUACAGGCGGACUUGGUUAUGUAAUAUGGACGUACCUGAGCUCGGGAUGCAAGCAGCCGAGACAAAAGGAAGAUCCCGGUCUUCAAACGUCAAAGCCUGAAGCAGUAGACCCCAUUGCCAAAACAGAACCCUCCACUGUGACUGCAGAGGCAGGGCAAGCCCAGAAAGCUUCGGUAGCCGAGUCCAAACCGGGCCAGAAGGCUAGUAAUCAGGUCCUGGUACUGGGACUGGACGGGUCCGGGAAGACCAGCCUGCUCCACUGCUUCUCCACGGGCGGUCUGGAACAGGACGUGGUGCCCACCGAGGGCUUCAACGCCGUCUCCAUCAACCGAGAAGACCUGCAGAUCGAGUUCCUCGAGAUCGGAGGAAAGGAGAACUUGCGUCCCUACUGGCAGAAGUACCUGGGCAGGGCGGCGGUGCUGGUGUUCGUGGUGGACUCAUCCCGGGCCGACCUCUUCCCCACGGCCAAGACACACCUGCACGAGCUGGUGGCCCGAGACCCGCUGCUGCCCCUAGUGGUGCUGGCCAACAAACAGGACCUGGCGGGGGCGUGCAGCAUCACAGACCUCCACGAGGCCCUGGAGCUGAGCCGGGUCGGGGACCAGCGGAAGAUGUUCCUCAUCGGGACGUACGUCCAGAAGGGCGAGGCGGAGCUGAACUCCGGGGCCGAGGACGCGCGCGACCUCAUCUUCCAGAUGGUGUGUGGCGUGUGACGGCGCCGGUGGUUUGGUACCGGGAUUUUGUCCUAAGGGCGCCGUUUACGAUUGUGUGUUUCUUUUGUUGCUUUGUUAUCCGCAGUUUAUUUUGCACUGGUUAGUUGUCUUUUGUGUCAUUUGUUUUUCGCCCAGGUGGCUCAGGCUGUGGCAUUUCAGUUGAAUACAUGGAAUCAGAUGAGACACAAUCAAAGACCGGCACAUACAAACACCAAUGUUUCUUGUUUUAAACUACUUGACUGUAUUUGCGUUUGUUUUGUUUUUUACUAGUGUUUAUGAAGGUAGUUCAGGGUUUGGCUUGGUAGAUGUGUACUACUUCACCUCUUUGCGGUUUCUAUGCUUUCCGGCAGACCGAACCAGGUGACAUCACUUCACUAUUGACCUUGUAAAGUAAUUUUGCUCUGGGAAAAGUGUGUCAUUGUCACCAGAGGUUUAUUAUUACUUUUUAUUUAUAAAAGGCAUCGCAAAUAUUUUGGGGAAAAUAAUUUAACUGACUUCUUUAUAAUUUGAGCUGAACAUGUGGAUUGUGGAUAAGAGAGCUUUUAUUGUAAAACACUCAACACUAGCGGCGCCAAAGAAUUAUGAUUGUGGGAGGUAAUGGGGGGAGGGGGGUAGAUUGUUUAUAGCAGGUGCUAAUAUAUUUUGCGGCAAACAAAUAAUACUAAAAACUACAAUACGAUACGAAUCAACCAAUCAAAUCACAAGCAGCAACGGUCAUCAUUUACAAAUGAAAAAUAUGACUUCAUAGUCAGAAUUGUUACAUAUAGGGCAGUCCGAUAUCUUCAUGUAUAUAUAUUAUAUUAUAUAAGUGCCGCAACGGAUCCUGGGAGUUGUGUGUGGUGUGUUUACAUACAGGAUACUCGCAGGGUCGUUCAGAGUGGGGGCCACGAGAGUUCAAACUCCUGUAACUUGGGCACCCGUCUGGUCAUUCAUGUGCUGCUCCCCACAUUAUUUAAAGACGUUCAUAUUUUCGUCACAAAAUUACUGAGGUUUUUUGGAGGGGGGGGUUUGAGGGGUUCAGCCUUUAUGAGGGGGAGCUUAAGCCCCCGCUAGCCCCCCCCCCUCCCACCGCGCUGCCGCUGAACACCAGCAAAGUCUUAAAUUGAAAGUACAAACCAUGAAUACCUGAUAAUGAUAUACAUAUUAUAUGCAUAUCAUAGACUGUAUAUUAAUUUGAAAUGAGAAACUACAUUUUAUGUAUUUUUAUAGCAAAACAUAGUUGAGCCAAAGUUACAGACUUCAUAUGGUUUACUCACCAAAUAGAAAAGGUCAUAUUGAGUGUCACGUUUUUAAACAGGUGUUUCUACUUAUUGUGUCUUUUCAAUUCUUAUCAUUGGCAUUUGAAAUGAUCAUAUUUGUAAAAUGAAAAUGGCUUUUAUUUUGGUAAGAUUGAGGUUAAACACAAGUUCAGCCUUUUUAAACGCAUAUCUUCCUCAUAUACCAGCUUUGUAAAUGUCAGGAGUUUGAUUGUUGUGGUAUAAUUUCAUUGAAUAUAUAUUAAAAAAAAGUGUAGACCCCAAUGUUAUGUAUAAUUCCCAAACAAACUUUAAAGAACAAAUCAACUGUAUAACUUAACGGGUUAAAUUAUCAACCCACAGUUUUAGCAUAUCAGUAAUGUAUUUUUUUACUAAAAUAAAAGGCUGAAGACACUAGGUUGAAUGUGUUGUAUGUAUUCUAACCUUACAGUAUAGUCGCAACUCGUCCACCUCCGCCUGUUCCAACUGUCCAACUGUUAGGGCCUGUAAGUUUGAAGUUCAAGUAGGCCAUUUUGAGUAACCAAACAAAGAUAUCCCAGCCCUGACUUCAGGUCUCCCUCCAAUCAGUCCCCUUGUAGAGCGCAUCAGUCACUAUUUGAACAGCUCUGGUUACCUAAGUAAAUGUCCCAUUCAUUUUCUCCAUUGAUAUUUCAGAAAAAUCGUUCUAAAGAGUUUUAAGCCUGUAACCAGGUCAAUCAUCAAUCUGGUUAGUCAUGACCAUUCAACAUUUGAUCCGGGCAAAAUAAAAAAUGGAAAACGGAAAAAAGGCAAAGGUACAACUUGUACCUUUGUUCUUGUAGGCCUACAGUCUUUUACCAUACAAAACUACGUUGGACACAGCUGGUCCCUACUGCAGGCAGUAAUUUGGAGAAAAAAAUCCAUCUGUGUGUACUUCAACCUCUGCGAAACUGGCUGGAAGAUAGUUGAUGGAUAAAUGGUGAAAUUCCCAGAAUAACUUCAGUGUUAAAGGAACACAAAGGAAGGUGGAAUUUUGUUGAAGAAGGGCUGGAGCAGCGAGCAAAGCUAAUCACAGACAUCCUCCCGGGAACGACAUGCCUCUCUUCACUCCUCUCAAAUUUCUAUAGAAGAAAUAACAAUAUAAUCUGAAUGAUUGUUUAUACAUUUACAGUUCUUCUUUAAUACGCAGGUGACUCAAAAGGCCAGACAAACUGUGUCUGAUCCUGUUCAUCCCCUUUUCAACAAAUUCAGCCCCCUGAGACGCUACAGAGCAGCUAAAGCAACCCAGAACGUCUACAAAGUAUUUUAUACCAAAUCCAUUAACUUUUCCAUGGCUGUUGUUGCUGUCUGUACUGUGGAUGUGGAGUUAUUAUUCUAUUGAAUUAAUUGUGAUUUACUGUGAUGUAUUUUAACUAGCCUGAGAAAAUACAUUUCCACAUUUGUAGAUGUGGUGUGGAGUAGUAGUUAUGUAGGACUUCUUGAAAUAUUAGUAGCCUAUAAUGAUUCUAAUAGGCCUACUAUCAUAUAGCCUGAUUUAAUUAGACUAAUAUCUAGAUGCUAAUUGGCACGUUAGUCAUAUUUUUAUCAUAGAAUCGCUCCCUUCUAUAAAAACAUCCACUUGUAAACCCAACCCGACAUGGACGUGUAACUUGAGUUAUCACUUCCCGUCCGACCAGUGGUGAGGGAAUAGGUCGAGAGUCUGUGAGACGCAGCAAGUGGCUUGGGUUUCCGACUCUACUCACGGGUCCACGGCGAGGGAUUAGUUACCUCAGGCCGACGUUACUGUGACGCUGACAGAAGUAUCGGUUGUCGACACCAGUUUCUGUCAGCUCGCUUCUCCACUUGAGUCAACAUGGUGUCUGCGUCUGGCAAUGGUAAGUGUUUUCUUUAAGAGCCGAUUGGUCACUUUUUUCUAAGAGGAAGCAACAAAUGUUUCCAUCUGUUUUUUUAGGGAUGCAAGGCACAUUCUCACC